CGCAGCCAUGUGCACACGCCGCGAGGCCUCCCGAUUCACGAGUCUGCAUCUCUCAGGCUGCAACAGAAGAAACAUCACUAUUUCGAGUCGAUACAUUCAUUUCUCACCGGGUGUAUCGCGUAGUUUACACGUCGUGUGGAUAAAGCUUAUGCAAAAUGGAAACGGCCGGAGAAGGAGCGCAAGUGCAAAUUCGCUUUGUCACGAAACAACAGCAAUAUGCUGUUCCUAAUUUUCCAUUGUCAGUUCCAAGUGAGUCUCCAGUGACAGAGCUGAACGCCCUUGUCAAUGAAUUACUGAAGGAAUCUAAUGAUCAGAAAAAGACCGUAGAGUUUGACUUCCUUGUCAAUUCAGAGUUUCUUCGGACAACUUUGAAAGAACACAUAGCAGAGAGAGAAAUCUCUUGUGAAAAUGUUAUCGAUAUUGAAUACAUUGAAAAGCACCCACCACCAGAGCCACAAGAUUGUCUUAUACACGAUGAUUGGGUAUCAGCCGUUGCUAUGCAAGACAAAUGGAUUCUUUCCGGUUGUUAUGAUAAUACACUUCAUAUAUGGACGGCAAAAGGAGCCCAUCAUUUAAAUAUUCCAGUUUAUCAUACAGCAGCAAUUAAAAGUGUAGCAUGGAUAUCGAUGGAUAAUGAAUCUGCUACAUUUGUCAGUGCAUCACAAGAUCAAACGGCUGUUAUUUGGAAGUGGGAUAUUUCAAGUAAUUCAGUUGAGAUCGUUGCUGUUUGUAAAGGACACGAAAGAGGUUUAGAAAGAGUAGGUGUAAACGCUUCAAACAAUCUUAUGGCUACUGGAGCGUGGGACACAAUGUUAAAAAUAUGGUCAUCAUCCCUACAUGAUGAUCAAGAAAAUGGUGAGCCUCCAUCAAAAAGAUCCAAAUCAGAUCCCAGUAAAACAAGGAUGCCAAUUAGAACUAUCAAGGCUCACAGAGAAGCUGUAAGCGGUGUAGUCUGGUCAGACAAAGCAGAGCUCAUCACAGGCUCAUGGGAUCAUUCCAUUAAAAUUUGGGAUGCCGAAUUAGGAGGGAUGAAACAUGAAAUUCCAGGAAACAAAAGUUUCUUUGACAUUGAUUAUUCUCCUCUGAACAGAACAAUUAUUGCUGGAUCAGCUGAUAGACAUGUUCGGUUAUUUGAUCCUAGAUCUACAGAUACUGUAGUUAAAACACAGUUCACAUCCCAUUCCUCGUGGGUCUCCGCUGUUUCAUGGUCGGCCACGGAUGAACAUCUAUUUUUAUCAGGAGCCUAUGACAAUCAAGUCAAGUUAUGGGACACAAGAAGUUCAAAAGCGCCACUGUUCGACCUAUCUGGACACGAAGACAAAGUAUUAUGCUGCAACUGGUCGAAUCCCAAAUAUCUGAUAUCCGGUGGAGCGGAUAACACAGUCAGGAUAUUCAAAUCCAAACACGCUGUGCAUUAAUUCUAAGUAUUUUGUUACAAAGUUUUUAAUCGCUGCAAAGGAUUUUGCAGAAAAUAACACAAUGAUGUAUAGAUAAUUUUUAUAUAUAAAAAAUCAACUGUUAUAUUAAGUCGA